CUCAAAGUACCUUUCUUAGUUUAAUCUUAACUCCAAAUGUCACGUUCCAUAUAUAGCUCUUGAAUACCUAAUUAAAGUUGAAACCUCACAAGUGAGACAAGACGUGAACGAUAAUCACCGAUAAAAGGGUGUGAAAUUGAUGCGCGAUAGUACCACCUGAUUGCAUCUAAAUUAAACCGCGCGGCACGCAAAAGGAGGACCACCUACCAAGAAUAACGUUAGGAGGAACGAGGGGACCGGUGGCAAAAAGCAGCGCGCAAAAGGCACGCGCCCGAGACGCAGGAUCAAAGUUGAAAUUCCUCGGGAGGGCGGCGAGGGCGGAGGAAGCGAGAGAGAGAGAGAGAGCGCGCGGUCGGGGGAAGUCAAAGCGGAUAAAGAGAACGACGACCGAGUCGAAAGCCGAGGCGAAAGUUCCGACCGAAAGAAACGAGUGUGCGGAAAGAAGCCGAGGGGCACAAAGAGAGCGGGAAGAACGCUGGUUUUGUUAAUCAAAAGAUUUCGAGACGACGCGUCCGGCUUAAUAACGAGCGAGGGGCGGGCGUGAAAGGACGCAUCGUAGGACCUCCGGUUGUGAAUUGUAUCGCUGGCGCCUGUACCUUUUGUAGGGAGUCCCGGCUGAAUAGUACGAUAAGAAAGAAUGAGAGUCCACUCUUGAGAAGGAGUAAUGAAUAACAUUAGACUGCCGUUGAAUACUAAUAUGUUUGCGGUAGAUUGUGAAUUUUAAGGAAACGGAAGAAAAAUUGAACGUCUUCCGUGAAAAUUAGACAUUUACAACGUGUGAAAAGAUAUUUAAAAAAUACAGGACUUGUGUAUAUAUAAUUAUAAUUGCUAUUUUUUGUGGAAAUAGUGACAAAAGUGAACGGAUUUAUCUUCGUGGGAUUCUUUCUCGAUCAUCGAUUUAGUGACUAUAAUUAAUAAAAUUAUUUUAAUUAAUUAAUAAAUAUUAAUUAUUAAUACAUUAAGUGUGACAACAGACAGAUUAAGUGCAACAUCACAUACAAACACUUUCAACGAUCGCGUCAGAAUUGAGAAUCGCGAGGACAUCGAGAAUGUCUCGAUCCUCCAGGUCCUUCGAGUGGUCGCGAUCGAUCGAGGUAGCGACAGGAUCGUUUUGGGGUCAGGAUCCGUCACCACGGGAAGACUAUCGUUGAAGGGAAAUCUCGCGCGCUUCGCGUUUAUUUGGGAAACUCGACCGUCCGUGAUCGAAUGCUGCUCGCCGUGAGAGAAGAGCGGAUUAAUUGUCUUGAGUGCGGCCUCCGCGACACUUGAGCUCCGAUUCUCGAUACAAAACCGAUAUCGAGAUGCGUUGCGCGUCGAAAUACGUAUUUCUCACGAGUCUGCUGGUGGUGCUCAGGACUCGUCGAAUGGACGCAGUUGCGGAGGAGCCGUCGCCGGAAUUAGGCCAGAACAAAGCACCGAUAAAAUUAGUCUGGGCGACCGAAGGUGAAAAUGUAGAAUUGCCAUGCGAUAUAACAACGCCGGUGGCGGAUGACUCGGUCAACAUGGUUCUCUGGUUUAAGGACAAUGAUGGUAUACCACUCUACAGCUUGGACGCGAGGAACAGUAACUUGACCAAUGCUAUUCACUGGGCAGUCAGCGACGAUAUCGGAAGACGAACGUACUUCCAGGUCGGUAACGGUCAACCGGCAAAGUUAAAAGUCACGAAAGUGACGUUCUCGGACCAGGGGGUCUUUAGAUGCAGAGUGGACUUCGUGAACUCGCCGACGCGAAACUUCCUCGUGAAUUUGACUAUAAUCGAGCAACCAAGUAAGCCUGUGAUAUAUGACGCUCAAGGACGAGAAGUGACAGGGGUAGGUGGUCCCUUUCUGGAGGGUUACAACCUUGCUCUGACGUGUCAAGUGUCUGGAGGUAUACCCAAGCCUCGGGUAACGUGGUGGAAGGAUGGCGAGCUGCUAGAUGGCGUGAUCGAUACUCCGCCUAUAAGCUCGAACAAAUUUACGGUAAACCACCUGUUCAUCGACAAAAUCACGAGAUCACUGUGGGGAACAAAGCUCGAAUGUCGAACUCAAUCCGAGCCAAUGAAGAAGCCUAUCGUCCGCGAAGUGCCUCUCGACAUAUAUCUUAAACCAGCUAUUGUAAAGAUCGUUCUAAGCGAGGAUCAGAUCUUUGCCGGUCGUCCGAUCGCUGCCAGAUGCGAAACGUGGGGCAGUUCUCCAGCAGCCAGGAUUAUCUGGAGACUGGGUGAACACGUAAUAGGUGAUCCCAACGUGUCCACCACACAGAGAAGUAACUCAACGGUGAGCAAAUUAGCUCUGGUCCUCAAUAAGGACGACGACGGCAAGGAAUUGGUCUGCCGAGCCGAAAAUCCGAGAUUUCCCGGAGGUGUACUUGAAGAAGUCAAAACGCUUCACAUCUCUUAUGCUCCGGUAGUUGCUGCUCGUUUGGCCCCUGGUUAUAUGUUAGACACUUUGAGGGAAGGCGACGAUCUCAAGUUAGUCUGCGACGUACAAAGCAACCCCCCACCGACGAGAGUGAUCUGGUACCACGAUAACCAACGGCUGGAGCACGACGUGAAUGCCGGAAUUUUGCUAGCUUCCAACUCGUUGACCUUUCGAGCGCUCACGCUCAAACACGUCGGCGAAUACUCCUGCGUGGCUGCGAACGUCGUGGGAGAAACUCACAGUCCGCCGCUUUUUAUUCACAUGAAAUAUGCACCAAGGUGCAGAGAAGGUAAAGAGAGGAGAGAGAUCACCAUCGCUCGACACGAGACGGUGUUGCUCAAGUGCGAAGUGGAAGCGCUGCCGGACGAUUACGUGCGAUUUUCAUGGACCUACAACGGCACUGUCGGCGACGUUUUGCCUAUGCCAAACUCGAGGGUCGAGAAUAAAGGGCUCGUGAGUGUGCUGGAGUACACACCCGGCGCCGAUACCGAUUACGGCACGCUGGCUUGCUGGGCGAGCAACAGCAUCGGACGGCAAAGGGCACCCUGUAUAUUCAACAUCGUACCUGCUAAACCACCGCAACCGCCAGCGGAUUGUUCGUUGCACAACGAGAGCAAUUCGCUGGAGGUAAAUUGCAUCCCGGGAUCGGACGGCGGGUCACCGCAGCACUUUUUGCUGGAGGUUCGAGGGUACCCCGGAAAUGCCGCAAUCGGCCAAAUCGAUCCUCACACUCUUCAGGCGCUCCAAAGCGACCAGGGCAUGAUCGAGGAAUCGCCGCCCAUAUAUAAAGAAAUGAAUCCGACCCCCAAUUUUCAACUUCAUGAUCUGGAACCGGGAUACGAUUAUACGAUCUACAUUUACGCGGUCAAUGGACGCGGCAAGAGUGAACCCGCACUUUUGGAACAUAUUAGAGUCGUGGAACCUCUUCGAAACAUGGAGAAAAAUGGGAUUUUUCCGGAAGACCUGAAAAAGGCGCUAUCGCAAGCCAGUUCUGAAAACAUGAUUAUUGUGAUCGCACUGACAGGUACAGGCGCGGCAGCGUUGGUCCUCAUUGGUAUCGGAGUGAUCAUCGGUGUGGUAGUUUGUAGGAAGAGAUCGAACACUCCCAUCAUAGAAGAACCGGACGAUUUUACCACGCCCACCUAUGUUCCGGCUCAUAGGAUUGAGCCCAAAAUCAGAUACUCCAAUGAAAACAGGCGCUCUCAAAGAGCGAGUCUUUAUGUUGAGGAAGGUCGAAAUGAACCGGAUUUACUUCACCGAGUGGAGCUUGAUGUGCACGACUAACUCAUUUAAUUUUGUACAGUUAGAAAUAAUCAAGAAGUGCAAUGUAAAGUAGAAUUCCAUACGUAGAAACCCAACUGCUUCGACAUUCGCAUAAAUUGGUGUAUAUACAUAUGUUCCGCCUCUCUAAUUUACAUCACGUUGAAACUAGAAACAUCGAUUGUAACAAGUAACUAUUAACCGUAAAAAAAAAUUUGUUUGUUGAAAGUUCAUGUGUCAAGUUCAUAAAGUGCUUUCUAUCGAAGAAUUUUGCGGUUUUAAUGCGAGUUGAGGCGUCACGAAACAUUCUAUUAGUUAUUUAUACUCGCUUUUCGCAAAACGUUUCGCCGUGCGAUGCACAAAUCCACGGUGGAAAUUUAGAUUGUAUAGAAUUUAAAAUAGUGUUGUAAAAUGUACAGUUAUUUUUACAAAGUACAAGACAUCAGAACUUCUGUAUACUUCCAAGUAUUAGUAUAUUAAUACGUCCACCUGAAAACGUGAUCUUGUGUACCUUCGUCGCAUAAUAGAGACUGCUUCAAAAAUCACGCGCGGAUUUCAAAUCCAACUGCAUUCGGAAUCUUUAUAAAUUUUAAUUAUAUAUAUUCCGAAUUCUGAAUUGAUGUAUUUAACAAACACAAAUUUGCCUCAUUUGUAUAUCAUUUUUGACGUUAAACUAUACUUUGCAUUGUGCUUUACAUUGCUAAGCGAUUUAUCUUUCAAAUACACUUUUUUUUGAAGCAGUUCGUAGUUUAUAGAUUAUAUGUACAAUUUUUAAUCAGCGUAAAUUACGCUAUUCCAUACAAUGUAAAUACCGUACUCGCAUAUAUUGAUCGAUGCACAGAAUUUUAAAGAAAAUAAAUCGCCAAGUUGUAUUAUUAGUUUAGUGGUUAAUGAUCAAUAAAAUAAGAAGAUUAUCGUAAAACAAUCGUUUUUUAUCC